UAAAAAAUUGAUUCUCAACACGAACUGUGCAUCUAUACAAAAUACUUUCUCUUCAUCAAUUAUAUGCGCCACCAACAUUUCUUUCUUUCUUUGCACUACAGAGGCUUCCAACGCCAACCAUUUCUUUUUUUCAAGUUAUGGAUCCGCAAUGGGCUAACCUUCUCCUGAGUCCCAUCAUCAAUACCACAAUAUCCAAGUUGAUUUCCACUGCUACUGAGGAAAUCAGCCUUGCUGUCGGCUGGAAGAAGGAGCUUGCAUCGCUUCAAGACAAGUUGAUCCUGGUCCAAGCUGUGCUAAAAGAUGCUGAAGAGAAGCAGGUCAGCGACCCUGCUGUGAAGCUCUGGCUUGAGAGGCUCAGGGAUGUGGUUUAUGAGGCCGACAAUGUGCUGGAUGAGAUUGCUUACGAAAGUGUGAAGUGUAAGGUGGAGACUAAAAACCAAAAGAUGAAAAAGGUGUGUAAUUUCUUUACCUCCUCCAAUCCCUUGCUGUUUCAUAGAAAGAUUGCUGGGAAGAUUAAGAAUAUUAAUGCAUCGGUGGAUGUUAUUAACAAUGAGGCCAGAGGGUUUGGACUCCAAAGUAGACUUGCUACUGCUAGCAGGGUGGUUUCUGAACAAGGAAGAAACCCACAAACUCAUUCCACCAUUGGUGAUUUAUCGGAGGUUGUGGGGAGAGAGGAUGAUGUCUCCAAAAUAGUGCACCUGUUAACUGACUUAUCUGAUGUAUCACGGCUUUGUGUCUUGUCAAUAGUGGGUAUGCCGGGAAUUGGCAAAACCACUUUGGCACAAGCUGUGCGCAAUGAUGAGCAAAUCAAAAACUAUUUUGGUAAAAGAAUGUGGGUUUGUGUGUCCUAUGAUUUUGAUGUAAAGAGGAUUUUAACAGAAAUGCUGGAGUCUCUUACUGGGAAUUCUGGUGAAGUAAAAAAUAAAGAUACUGUGAUUCAAAAAAUAAGAGAUGCCAUGGAGGAGAAGAACUUUCUUCUGGUACUGGAUGAUAUGUGGGAUGAAGAGAGCCAUAGGAAAUUUGAAGACUUGAGAAGCUGUUUGCUUGGGAUAUGUACGAAGUCAAGGAAUAGAGUUAUUGUGACAACUCGAGAUGAAAAGGUUGCACUAAAAAUGAGAAUGCAUGAUGAACACAUGCAUCAUCUUGGCAAACUACAAGAUGCUCACUGCUGGUCUAUUAUCAGGAAGAGAGUAUUUGGAGAUGCAUCUAUACCUCCAGAAUUUGAGAAUAUUGGUUGGCAUAUUGCUCAAUUAUGUGGAGGUGUGCCAUUAGUUGCAAGUGUUAUAGGAGGAACUUUGUCCACAAGAAGAUUGGAUAGAGUCACGUGGUUGUCAAUUAAAAGCCAGAUUGAGGCAUUGGGUGCACUUGAACAUGAUAGAGAAAUGAGAGGUGUGGUAAAAUUGAGUUUUGAUCACUUGCCAGAGCCAGCUUUAAAGCAAUGUUUUGCAUUUUGUUCUAUUUUUCCAAAAGAUUUUGUUAUGGAUAGGGAGAUGUUGAUUCAACUUUGGAUGGCUAAGGGAUUUCUCCAAUCUACUGAUGAAAGUCCUAUGACAAUGGAGGAUAUCGUGCCAACAAAUUUAAGAGAUGUUGCUCCAAAGCUGCACACUUUGUUUUUAAAGGGUGAUUUUUUUAAUGAUAUGAAGGUGGAUCUCAGAAGUUUACGAGUUUUGAGUUUUGUUGAUUCUGUUGGUACUGAAGAAUUGCCACCAUGUUUUGACAAUAUGAAGAAUCUGAAGUAUUUAGACAUUUCCAGAACUCAAAUAACAACACUGCCAAAGUUCAUCCUUAAGCUAUACAAUUUACAAACAUUUAGAUUCAAGACUUGCAGAUCUCUAGAAAUGCCUCUCGAAGGAAUUGGAAGUUUAAUCAACUUGAGGCAUAUAUACUUCAAUGAUGAAAAGCAGAUGCCUGCAAACAUUGGAAAACUAACUUGUCUUCAAACAUUGCCAAUGUUCUUUGUAGGCACAACAAUGGGAUGCAAAAUUGAAGAAUUGGGCAGCUUGAGAGGGCUCAAAGGAAGUUUGAAGAUCUGUAAUCUUGAGCAUGUUAAGGACAAAUCAGAAGCUAUGGGAGCAAAGUUACAUGAGAAGACAAUUUUUGAGUUGAGAUUAAGAUGGGGAAAAGAAAGCAAUCAAGAUGAAGAUGUUUUGGAAGGUCUCCAACCACACUCAGAUCUGCAAGUAUUAGAAAUUGAUGGUUAUGGAGGCAAAAACUUACCAUCAUGGAUGUUGAAGAAUGUCUCAAACUAUGAUCUAUUUUUGCUCAAGAAUUUGGCAGAAUUGAGAGUUGUGCAGUGCAAAAAAUUAGAAAGUAUUCCAGUAAUGACAGGAUUUUCAUCUCUUCAGAUGCUUUCCAUUUCAAACUGUGCUGAAUUGAGUACUAUAGCCGAGGGAGCAUUUGUUAAAUUGGCAUCCCUCAAAGAAUUAUACAUAUUCAAUUGUCCCAAGUUGGAAAGGGUUUCAUCAAAUGGUUUAAUAUUGCCUCAGUCACUCUUAAUUCCAGAUUGCAGAGAGUUGAAUAGCCUAUCAACCUCCACGUGUCUAAAAGUUUUAACCUUGUGUGGCUGUGAAAAUCUAAGGUCUAUUCCAAGUCUAUAUGGGCUUAGUUCUCUUGAAGAGGUAAUAUUUGAAGCUUGUGGAUUAGAGCAUUUUCCCAGUGGGCUAUCAUCUUGCAUUUCUCUUAAGAAGUUGGGGAUAUCCAAUUGCCAUAGCCUGAUCUCUAUUCCAGAAGAAUUGAAGGAAAUACAUUCUUUGGUUGAUUUAGAGAUUCAAUCGUGUCUAAAAUUGAGGAACAUUCCAGAAAAUACCCUCAAUUCCCUUACCAACUUGAAGAGAUUGAGGUUUGGUGGCUUCUCAGAUGAGUUGGAGGAACUCCCUGCUCUCGGUUCCAUCUGCAGCCUCCAAGGAUCCCUUGAAGAGUUGGAUUUGAUUGGAUGGGGAAAACUAACUGAGUUUCCAGUUGAAAUUCAAAACCUAAACCUUACUGCUCUAAAAUGGCUGUCAAUCGAAGAUUUCAAGGAAGUGGAGACAUUACCGAAGUGGUUAGGAAGCUUAUCCUCUCUUGAAUCACUAAAUAUUCGGGGAUGCCUUCGAUUAAAGUAUCUACCAAGUGGGUUGUCGUUCUUCACUACUCUCGAGCAGCUUAACAUAAUAGGAUGUCCUAAUCUGGUCUCUGCUAAAUUAGAGGAGAUCCUCGGCGGCCUUGCUCGCUUGAAGACAUUAUGGAUUGGUCCUUUCUCAAAAGAAUUGGAGGAAUUCCAAAUUCUGAGUUCCAUUCCCAACCGCGGCACUUCCCUUGAAAAAUUGCAUUUGUUUGGUUGGAAAACGCUAACUCAGUUGCCAAAUCAAAUUCAAUACCUCACUGCUCUAAGGUGCUUGUUUAUAUAUUUUUUCCAUGGAGUAAAAGCCUUGCCAGAGUGGUUGGGAAGCUUGUCAUCUCUUCAAAGUUUGGGGAUCUUGCAUUGCAAGAAUCUGAAACAUCUCCCUUCUGCAGAAGCGAUUCGAUGCCUCUCCAAAUUGACAUUCCUUUACAUUUCUGAUUGCCCAGAGUUAGAGAUAAAAUGUGACAAGGAAAGAGGCCUCGAGUGGCGCAAGAUUUCUCACAUUCCAACCAUCAGAAUAAAUGACGAGUUCAUGUAAUCACAAGAUUUAGGUUUCCAAGAGGCAAAUGGUCUUAAAAUACCUAACAGAUCCUCAUCCAAUAAGUUAGGCAAUGGCCGGGCAAUGGUAGAAAUGUAGCUUCACCAAGGGAAAAUCAUUUUGGAUGUUCUUGGAAGUGCUCAAUUUUAAUCAAUAGGGAAGAUAUCUUACAUCUUUCAUGUGUUCAUUAAAGGAAAAUUGUUGCAGGUAAGUAGUCAGGCCAAAUUUUACAAGUUAUAGUUCAUUUAAAAUGCAUAUGCUCUUUCAAUACUCCUCAGCAUCAGCUGCAUAGUUCAAUGAUUUCUGAAACAAAACCUUUAAAAAAGAAUUUAUUUCAGUGUUUGAUAUUGAGAAAUUUAUAUGACUACUGGCGCAAUUAAGGUCAUUAGCCUACUGAUGUAGUAGAAGUCUGCCAUGCAAUGAAGAUGUGAGGAGCAAGCCCAUGGUGGAUAGUUGUAACAUUGUCUUGGAUGACAUGUGCUUAAAUGGUUAUGCAGUAAUCUUAACUCACCUUAUGCAUCAAGGGAAGGAGAAAGACAUACGAGGGUUACUGCAGCAAGAGGCAUGUUAAGAUGGCUCCCUUUAGGGUUUUCUUAAUGUAAAAUGAUUUUGCUCUAAAGAAAAACGAAGAAAAUGGGAAGUAGAACAACUGAAUUAUUUCAUUGAAGAUUGAAAUAUGUACAUGUCUGGUAUAACAGACAAAAACAAAAAGUAGCAACCAUGUGAACAAAACAGUUUUUCCUAAACUUUUGCUACCUUGUCUGAAAGCAUUGACCAAGAGCAACUAAGUAUAAAGACAAACUAGAAUUAAAAUGCAACAGAAAACUUGGAAUAAACUGAACUAAAUCAG